GCCCGUUUUUGAGUCCAUGUUUAUACCCUCUUGGCUCUCUAUAAAAACUGCAUUGCAUGUGUGCAUUGCGCUCACUGCGUGUAACCAGCCCAAUCAUUCCUCGAGUCCGAGUUUGGCCCCAAUCCCGCCGCCAUUUUCAACCUGCUCCGAGACCUUGUUGGUCUGGACUGCCUCCCUCCUUCCUCUUCUCCCUCGCCCUUUCCCACUCCACUCUUCUUCUUGCUCUGGCUCUCCUCAUUCUUCCCUUCGACAGAUUACUGUUCAGCCGUCUACCUGUCCUACCACCUUUCUCUUCCCCAACCAACCCCCCUGUCGCAGCUUAGCGUUGUUGCGUCCCGUCAACCAACCAGACGACCCUGAUCCUGCUGCUGCCUGCUUGCCUGCCUGCCUGCCUGAAUGAAUGAAGUACCGGUACUAGAUUCCUUCCGUACCUACCUACCUAAAGUUGUCUGCAAGCAACGGCCUCCGACCACAAAGUUGAGAGCAUCGCCUCAAUUCAACCUCUUUAUUCGCUCCAUAUUUCUUGUAA